AACUCGGUCAACAUCUGUCGAACAUUUGCGGAGAAAGUAUGAAAUAAUGGUGACGAGUGCUUCGUUUCUUUUACAUCUUUUUACUUGGUAAUGCUGCAUCUCGGCUCGCCUCCCAACUUAAAAGUCGAAGCUCUUCUCCACCUUUUUCCGCAGUGACGACCAUGUCCUGACACUCCCGCUUCAUUGUCUCCGGUGCUCUUUCAUCCGGCUCCCGAAUACCCUGAAAUACAGCGAAUUCUUCCGGAUGAUAAAUCACCUUUGAAGGCGGCUUUGUCUUCUUUAGGAAUCUCGAGUAUCGUCAACACGCAACUGCAGCAUCGCCCCCGAGGCGAUUCUUGAUGGUCGCAUCGCGCUGACCUCCGACGCCAAGACAUCGGCACAAUGGCCGUCUCAAGCAACCUAUAUACCCCGACCGAGGACCUAAUUUCAACAAGUCCUCGCCGACGCUUCGAUACCGGGGUCCGUUGGCAGCAUUGGCAGUUACGAUCGCUUAUCGGCACCGAUGGCCAACACUUCGUUUACUUCCCGGUACCCGGCAGCGAUAACCGAAGUUGCUCGAUCCAGAGGCUGAACGCCAAAACGCGAGAGACAGAGACGAUCAAACGAUUACAUUUCAAUCCGAGGUGUCUAGUAGCACGGAAUGGCUGGGUCUGCUGCGGAGGCGAGGCAGGUUUAUUCAGUGCAUUCCGGGUGGGCGAGCGAAAUCCGCGGGACGGAACCGAGAGGGGACCCGACCUCCAAGCCGACGACCGUCUUCCACUCUCUCUCGACAUCUUGGACGCCACGACAUCGGCACUUGCAGAGACCCGCGCUGAAAAGAACCUGGUGGCGCAAAGUACUGGCUUCGGAAAGGACCGAGUGAACUGCAUCACCCUCUGGUUUCCCCCGACUCUGGUUGAGUCAUCCGAAGGAGCGUACGACCAGGGCGUUGCGGUUCUAGCCCACAACGACAGCUCGGUCGUUGUGGUGAGCCUUCGGGAUCAGGUGGUGCUGGAUAAGAUCACAUAUCCGGAUUAUAUGAACCGAGGGGUAAUCUCCCCAGACGGGCGGCUACUCGUCGCUAUCAGUGACGACCCUUACUUGUACAUCCACGAAAGGAAAGAGAAGAAGGCUGAAAGUGGCACAUCCGCUCGAGCCGCUGACCGUUCCGGGUACGAAUGGAGUUCAUGCGGGAAAAUCCAGCUCAAGAGUCAGAGCAAAGACGAUCGCUCUGAUAACAGAGGGAGUUUUGCGGCGUGUUUCUCCAGCACGGGCCAAUACCUCGCCGUGGGAACCCAGUACGGGACCAUCUCGAUAUUCGACGUUGCUGCCCUCACCAUAUCGGGAGCAGAUGCGUUGAUGACGGCGUUUAGCGCCUCGCGGCCGAAUGCGGAAUUCGGCGCCGUGAGAGACAUGGCAUUCUCUCCCGGCCCAGUCGAUCUCCUGGCCUGGACUGAGGAUCGAGGCCGUGUGGGUGUUGCCGAUAUCCGUGCCGGCUUCGAUUCUCGCCAGAUCCUUUAUCUCGACAAGGAUAAUGAUUUCGAGGGCCUAACGGUGAUCGACCGAGGAACUAUUGAUCCCCGUCUCCUGGAACAGCGGGCUGAGCGAAAUGAGCUGCCAUCAGUCAGCUUUCCGGCCGCUGCAGAUUCCUCGACAGAGAACCAGGCAACUCGUGCGUCAGAAGAACAAGCGAUCUUGUCACGAUACAACAUCCCUCUGACAGCGGAAGAAACGGGUGUUUUGGAGGCGAUUCAAGACUUCCGCCGACGCCAGGACCAGUACAACUCGGCGGCGGCGGCAGCGGACCAUCGGCCACGCACAGAAAGCGGUGGCGGUAACAACAAUGGCAAUAGCAACAGCGGUGGCGCUAGUGGCUCCGCCGCUGGCUCAAGGCCACCACCGUGGGCGGACAGAGCGGGGCGCGUGGCCGAAAGCGUUCGUGGAGAGCGUACCGCGAGCGUGUCGCGCACCGUGAUCGAGAUCUUGGAAAACAUCCGCGACCAGAGAGAGCGGAUUCGGGAUACGCACGAGCGUCUGCGGACGCGGGAGGACAACACUGCUGAGAGACGCCGGUAUGCAGCCAGCCCCCUUUCUGGACUUAGUACGACCGUGGGGACCGCGGGAUCCGGGCCCGGGGCCGGGGCCGGCGGACGAGGCCCGUUGGUCUCGCGGCUCCUGGCACACACUGCAAAUCCCGCUUCCCCGGCCAGCUGGGACAACGUCGAGGCUUUGUACGACCCCUCACCCAGUGGGAACGUGCCUCGCGAAACCGUGCCCUCGAGGACUGUUGACUCUGAGGCCUCUGCUAACCCGGUGCGGCGGUAUAGAGCGGCUUAUCUCAUGCGCGAGUGGGAUGAGAACCCGACCCGGCGAACGCUCGGGACGUACAUGACUGCCCACUCGCGACCUGGGCCAUACGACACGGCCGGUUUGUCGUGGAACGAGAACGGGCAUAGUCUGUUCGUCGGUGCCGAGAGUGGUAUUUACGAGUUCCACGUUAAUCUAUUUGGACGGAGACUCUCUCCGAGCAUCACUUUUAGUUAAAGUUUGAUUUGGGGGGGGUGCGUAUAGGGUAAACAUUGCAUGGAAAAGGCGUUAUGGUGUUUUGGUAAUCGUGGAUGGCCGAGACUGUCACUAGCUCAGGUAUCUCCGGGGUCUGUCUGUCGACUGGAUAUGGCGAUGCUUUUUCGAGGAUCAAAACUCGCGGUUUGGCUUGAAUUGCCUGGGUUGGCCUAAUCAUAACAUAAUAGGCCCGGUAUGCGGAUGCGGCAACAAGGACAACUCGCUUGCCCGCGCUCUUCAUCAACUAGGUAGCCGUCAACUUAGCGGAGCGCGGCCGUAUAAUUGUACUCGUUCA